UCGGGAGUUGGCAACACUUAAGCUUAACAUAUGUACCUGGAAAACAAUUGCAUCCGUAUUGCUUCUCGCAAUAACAUUACAGAAAUAAUAUCGAAUUUGGCCGUUUUCUAUGCGAGACAGGAGAGAAAUUGGAUGGAAAUUAGACAUUGGAAACGAUAUGAAAUCUAAACAAGACGGUAAAAUGGAUUGGAAACACUUACCAUUGCCGAGCUAUCAGCAGGAGAAAGACGACAGCUCUUUGGAUGGUUUCACACUGGACGAAAGCAGAAGAAUAACAGACGAACAAUUGACAACACUUUCCGUAAGAGAUCUGAAUAAACUUCUGAAAAGUGGCGGUUAUAACAGGGAUGUGAUCACAAAAAUGAAACAACGUCGUCGAACUCUUAAAAAUCGCGGUUACGCAGCCAGUUGCCGAAACAAGAGAAUGGAACAAAAAGACGGAUUGGAAAUGAGCAAAGGGAAGAUUCUAGAUGAUAUUCGAAGACUUCAGGAAGAAAACAGUAAAAUUAAAAGAGAAAUCGACGAAGUACAACAAAAUUUUCGAAAGCUGAAAGCUCACGCCGACAUGAAUAACAUUAAAAUACCAUUAGAUUUAGAAGAAACGAUGAAAAGUAUUUUUGCAUAACGUAAUCCCUUGUUACUAUUAUUGCACUGUUACUAUAUUAUUACAAUCGAUUUUUCGAACAAAUGUACAGUAUUCAGAAUUUAUCUAUGUAAAAAGGACUAUAUUUUAAUUAAUAAAAGUUGUUUAUAAGGUUGAUUUAAUUAAUAAUAAUAACCGUAUUACAAUA